AUGAGAGAUGAUAAAGAGAUGAACGUGCAAAUCAACGAGUAUCAAAAAUUGCUAGAAUAUUUGAAGGCCAAGGGGAUGUCUUUACUAGAAGAGUUUGCUGCUGGAGUGCUAAUUGAAAAGUUUCCCGACUCAUGGAGUGACUACAAGAAAAACUUAAAGCACAAACAGAAAAAUUUCACCAAUGGGAAAAUUGUGACCGACAUCCUAAUUGAAGAUUCCAACAGAAAAGAAUCUGCCAAAGCUAGCAUGGCAGCUCUUAAAGAAAACUCAGUGGAAAGUAGCAGCAGCAACCGUAAAAGGUACAAGAAUAAGUCUCAAGGUUACAAGCCCAAAAAUCCCAACCUUAAGAGAAAAAAAGGCUCUUGUUUUAUUGUGGAAAACCAGGCCAUCAUGCCUCACACUACAAGUACAGAGCAGGAAAUGACAAAAAAAACUAAUACUCCUAAGGCUAACUUAGUUGACGGUGCUGAUAUUAUUGUGGUUGUCAUUUCUCAAGUAAAUAUUAUAGUACAUGCAAAAGAAUGGGUGGUACACUCUGGGGCUACUCGGCAUAUUUGUGCAAAUCGAGAAGUAUUUUCUUCUUAUACUCCUUUAGAGGAUGAUAGAGAAGAGGUAUACCUUGGAGACUCAAGCACUACCAAAGUCUUGGGUAAGGGUAAAUUUCUCCUAAAACUCACUUCGGGAAAAUUUUUAGCCCUUGUUGAUGUAUUUCAUGUUCCUACUAUGAGGGCAAACUUGAUCUCUGUAUCCUUAUUGGGAAGAGCUGGAGUGAAAGUGCCAUUUGAAUUUGAUAAGAUUAUAAUGACCAAAAACAAUGUUUGUAUGAAAGGGCUAUUUAUCACUCCCCAAACUCAGGGAGCGCGACCAACGCCCAACCGAGAGAACUCGGAUAAGCAAGCCUGUUGA